AUCAUUUAAGGGAACUUGUCAAAUCAUCCACAUAAUAAAAAUAACGAACUGUAACAGCUACAGUCUUCUGUUAUUCAUCUCCAGAUACAAGUAAACCACAAAUAUAAUAUUAGCUGAUAAUGGUUACGUAGCUAUACGCAGAAGGUGUAAAUAAUAGGCCUGCGGUUACAAAGAAGGUGAAUGAUCUCGCUAUGGUCCUGUAGCUACAUGCUUCUUAUAACCAAGGCGCCUAGCUAGUGUGCAUGAUUCUCACGGUAAUUACUGCGUCCUAAACGCGUGUCGUGUACUUAGACGUCAGCGUGCAACAAUGCUCGCGCACCCUGACACUUCGUUCCCAGAAUUCCCUUAACGGGCACUCGGACACUAGGAAGAAUUCCGUCGGUGUUUAUAGAAUCGCAAGUUACAUCGAUUUUUCCGGUUUGCACACUCAGAAAGUACAUAUCACCUACCAUAAAAAUGUAGCACUGAACCUGAACUUGUGACACUGCCGCAAAAUGGGGAUGUAAGCUUAAGUCUCGCAUAUGAAUCAAGUUUCGAGUGUAGUUAAAAAAAAUUUUUUUUUUUUAAAGCCACGUGAAAAAUAAUAGCAAGCAAGUUCUGAGUGGCAUACAUGGGAAUGUAAGUCGAAACAAUCUGACAACUCAGUUCGACAAGAAUGUUCCUUUUCGUUCUGUUACUUCUGGUUCAGCCAGCAGAGAGCAGCAAUUCGUCAAUAUCCUGCUAUGAUGACCAAGGAAAUGCUGUUGACUGGUUUUACCUUUACAAACUCCCCCGUCUGCACGAAGAACCACCAGAACAGGGUCUGAGGUACCUACUGCUGGGGGAACAGAAUGAGCAAUGGGUGGAUGGUAGCGUGCUGGUGGGAGAUAGCACAGGUGCCCUGGGGAGGACUGUGAGCCCACUUUACGAGAAAGGUGAACUUGGAUAUAUCCUGUACAAUGACCAGCCACCAGAACAGCACAGUGUGGACAAUGAAGGGAGGCGUGGAGGCCACACCAAAGGCAUCGUCCUCUUCGACAGCAGCCAAGGUUACUGGUUGGUCCACAGCACGCCCCACUUUGCGCCGCGGAAGGCCGAGGGGCGCUUCUCCUACCCCAGCAGUGGCAUCCCCAAUGGGCAAAACUUCAUCUGUGUCACCUACCCUCUCAAGCGCUUCGAGACGAUAGGUCAGCAGCUCAAAAUCAACCAACCUCAUGUUUACGACUGUGAUGUCCCAGAGACACUGGCCACCUCGGUGCCCACUAUGCUUCAACUAUGCAAAGAGAGCAAAUGGGGGCGGGGCAACUACAGCACCUCACCUGCUUCCUACUCCUCAGCCAAUCAGAGCGUCUCCCUCUUGUCACUGGCUGGGCAGGAGUUCAUCAGCUUUGCUAAAGGAGCUUCUUUCAAGGAUGACCUGUACCACUCAUGGGUGGCUCCAACUUUGCAGUCUGACCUGCUGGUGCAGUUCUGGCACCGCUCCACCGGUGUCCUCUCAUCUGACUGCUCCCCCAGCUGGACGGUGCUGAAUGUACACUUCAUCUCACCUGGCGGGCAGAUCACCUUCAAGACCACAGAGGACCAUUCCAAGUGGGCAGUGAGUGCUGCAGGGGGCGGCCCUGGGGGCUGGGUCUGCGUUGGGGACAUCAACCGAAAUGAGGCAGAGGAGAAUAGAGGGGGCGGGACAGUGUGCCAUCUGAACGCCGUCGUGUGGAAGGCAUACCGCACAGCAGUGCUGCAGUGCGAUUUGUGUACGGGGGGGGUGGGGGAGUGUGACACUUCUCUGUAUCACUGACUCUUAGAGAGAGAGAGAGAGAGAGACAGGCCUAUGUGUAAUCCAUAGGGUGUAAAAACCAUUGGUGCACAUACUACUGGUUUUCACUGGUUAUUGUAGUUUGCCAUUGAUUUAUUGUAGUUUGCACAAUAAUGAUAUUCUACAGAAUAAUAACAAAUACAUAACAUAUAAAGGUGA